CUGUCGGACUCGUACCUGCUCGAUUGUCCUAUAUGUCUGGAGCAGCUACGUCAGCCGAAGUCUCUACCGUGUCUCCAUUCUCUUUGUGAGGAGUGUUUGAGUAGGUACAUCGUCAAUGAGGUGUCAGUGACGAGCGAUACGGUGACUUCCUUUACCUGCCCGGUAUGUAGGACGUUAACUCACCCUGUGGACAAAACAGAGGACAGAGUGAAAUGGGCCAAGCAGUUUCCAACUGACAGUGUUUCCAUCAAGAUGAUACAGCUGAAAAACAGGACGACAGAACCACAUUACUGCAUGCCCUGCCAGAAGAAAGGGAAGAUGACGACAUCUGCUCAGUUCUGGUGUAAAACAAAUCAGUCUCUAUUCUGUCAGUCCUGUAAGAUGGAUUUCCAUGAUAUGAUUCACAUCAACUGUGGCAUCGUAGAUAUAACAGAGUCGAAGAGUUUCCUUCUUAAUCAGUUAACAUCUGACAAGACAUGUGAUAAACACAAUGAAAAUAUGGAUUACUAUUGCGUGGACCACAAGUCCCUUGGCUGUUGUAAAUGUAUCACUGUUGGCCACAGAAAAUGUGAAGAAGUGGCGACGACAGAGGAUUACUGUGAGAAACUGGAAAGCAGUUCACGAUUACAGGAAAUGACG